UGGGAGGACCGGUGCCGGGUGACAGGCUGGGCGCCCAUCUUGCCAACCGACGCCGAGUCUUCGUUCGGCAGCUGCCGGGGCGACCGGUGUGGACUGAAUUAUCAACAGGACUGCUGAAGCAUGUCUCGGCCACAAGCCCUAACACUGACUGCGGCCACGCUACUGGGUACAGCUGUAGGCUGCCUUUACUUGUGGAGGAUCUUCAGAAGCCCCAAAGGGAAGUGGGCUCUAACUAUUCAGAAUGGAGAGGCUGUGAAGGGACAAGAAAGGACCUCACCAAGCGGUGGACAGGAGGCCUGCCAUCUAACAAGCACAAAUGAUUCCUUAAAUCCCAGCCCACUGGUGAGGAAGAUACUGGCAGGAUGUGUCUUCAUAGUGGAGUCAGAAGUGGAUUGGGAACAAGCAUGGCCACUGUUGAGGACUGAAUUGGACCAUUAUCCUGUGAUUGGGAUUGACUGUGAGUGGGUUUCUGUGAAGGGUAAGGCAAACCCUGUGUCUCUCCUUCAGAUUGCCUCCUACACUGGGUCCUGCUUUCUCAUCCGCAUACCACAGAUGACCAAGAGUAGUUGUUUGUUGCCAAAGACUUUACUGCGCAUACUUGGGGACGACAAUAUACUGAAGGUUGGCGUUGAGGCCUUUGAAGAUGGCUGCAGGUUGCUUCGUGAUUACUGUGUCACAGUUAAGGGCUGCUUGGAUGUGCGAUUUUUGGUCACCCACCAGAGGAAGGAUCAUUUGACUUGUUCCCUCAGCUUGAAGUCCUUGGCUCAAGAUAUCAUAAAUUUUACCCUUGACAAGUCUCUCCAUCUGCGAUGUAGCAAUUGGGAGGCAGAAGAACUCUCAAACGAGCAGGUAAACUAUGCUGCACAUGAUGCCCAGGUGUCUGUGGCUCUCUUCUUUCACCUACUGGGAUUCAGCUGCACAUCACAAGAAGAUGCCACCUCGUAUCGGUGUGAACCUAGCUGGGAGCAGGUACUGGCAAGGUGCCAAGGCCUGCUUGAUAUCCCAUUUAAGAGCAAGAUGGGUGGAGGUGGUGGAGGGGAAGUGGGAACCGGCGAAACAAACUCUCAGCAGAAACGCCGAAACAAGAGGCUUGGAGCCAGUCCGAAAUUGCCGUCGGAUGUGACUACCUCAGACCCAAGAAAAACACAGCGCAAACCCCUUGGGGUUGGAUAUUCUGCCAGGAAAUCGCCACUAUAUGACAACUGUUUCCUCCACGCCCCAGAUGGACAACCUCUCUGCACCUGCGACAGGAAGAAGGCUCAGUGGUACAUAGACAAGGGCAUUGGGGAGCUUACCAGCACAGAGCCUUUUAUUGUGAAGUUGAAGUUUGAGCCUUCAGGAAGACCGGAGUCUCAGCAAGACUAUUACCUGAUAACCAAGGAGAAUCUGUGUGUCGUAUGCGGCAAAAGAGAGUCUUACAUCAGUGGUUUGUCUUCCUUUAGGAAGAAUGUUGUGCCCCAUGAAUACCGCAAGCACUUUCCAGUUCAGAUGAAAGACCACAAUUCUCAUGACGUUCUCCUCCUGUGCACUGCCUGCCACGCUGCUUCAAACUGUUACGACAACAUCCUAAAGCAGCAACUGGCCCAGGACUUCAACGCGCCUAUCGGUUGCGAAGAGAGCGUCCGGUUACUGGAGGACCCAGCCCGCAGGCAGGUGCGAUCCGGAGCCCGGGCCUUGCUGCAUGCCGACAGCCUUCCUGACUCUCGGAGAGAUGAACUGCAAUAUACCCUAAAGGCCUUCUUUAAUGUGGAGACAUUGACUGAUGAGUUGCUUGAAGAAGGAGCAGCACUAGAAACCAGGAUAUUCAACGAGAACCAUAUCCCCCACGGUCUGAAGGUGACACAGUCCUGUGCAAUUGGCAGGCUCCGAGCCUUGAUGUCUUUGGAGAAACGCUGGCGACAGCACUUCCUGGACUACAUGCAGCCCCAGCACCUUCCACCCUUGUGGUCUGUGGACCACAAUCACAAAAAGCUCCUCAGCAAGUAUGGAGAAGAUUUAACGGUUGAGCUGACGUGAAAUGAGUUGUAUGCCAUCAAUCUCAAUUUUAGUAUAUUUUUACAAAAACUCCUCAAGAUUAUGAGCAAUGAGAUAUAUGAGAAUUCAUGUCUCAAUCAGCUUGUAAGGUACUGGAAAGAACACGUUUUUGAAACCUUUUCAAGGACAUGCUAGUACUAAAACAUUGAACAGUUAAACGGAACACUAAGGCACCAUGAAGCAUUUAGAUUUAAGAGGCUUGCUAUGAAAAUAUAACACCCAUUUAAUACAUCAUGUCAAAUUAAGAUUUCUAACAAAAACUAAAUAGGAUUUUUUUUUUUAAAUAAAAUGUUUGCAUGGGAAAAACAGAGUCUUUUGCUUGGAAGAGACACCAAUUUGCAAUGUGAGGAGUGAUUUCUGUUGUUACCGUGCUGGGUUAAUUCUGUGGGCUUGUCCUACUUAGAUUUGGACAUUAUUGAUGCUAGCCAUUAACCUGGGCAAAACUCAACAGAAUGUGGAUGGGCAUCUCAGAUUCUGCAGUGUCCCAUAUUCACAGCCAGCUUGCAACUUCAGCUCUUUGGUAUGUCAUCUGUGCCAAAAUAUAUGAGUAAAAAUA